UCGUGUAUGUUUUCUUUUCCUUUUUUAUAAAUAAUAUCAAAAGAUGCACUUGUUAAAUGGAAAUUGAUAUAUUUGACAAUUUGCGUGGUAUUGGUACACAAAUUAUUGAAUAAAUAAAUAAGUACACCCAACUCUUUUUUUACACGGUAGAUACGUUCCUCAGAAAUCCGUGUAAAAAAAGAGGCAUUUCCUAUAGUAAAAUGGGGUAUACGUUCCAUGUCAUCUCAAAACCGUGUAAGAUGAAAUAAAAAACUAUAUUUACUUCGAAAAACCGUGUAAAAAAUGUUGAAAACUAUAAAAUUUCAGAUAUGCAUACAAAUUGUAUGUUCAUAUGGCAUUAUAUUGAGCAUUAAAACUUAAAAUAUAAUACAUAAUUCAUACAGGUGAAAAAUUGGUAGAUUAAGCAAAAAACAAAAGAAAUCUGUUAAUCCAGAAUUAAGAACAGAAAAAUUAGAAUAGAACUAAAGAAAAAAUAAUUACAUAGCUACAUAAUUAUUCGUCACUACUUGAUAACAAGCGCAAUUGUUUGCGACGAACUGGACUAAAGUCGGUAUCUAUUUCAGCAAUGUAAAUACCAUGCGAACAAAAUGUGUAGGUCAGAGUUAUCGAAUAAGCGGAUUUCUCAGCUACUACUAUGUAUGCUCAUUUCAGCAAUGGUGCUAAGUGUGGUAAAAACAAACAUUAUUACAAGACAGUGACUUUAUUGAAAGCUUUGCUAAAGUCAGUAAAUAUAACAUCUGUUUGCUUAUGCUCCCUAAAACCCAAUGGUACAUGGUUCACAAAUUCAUGCAGACCUCCUUUUACGAAAAACAAAGAAACAAUUGAAGCAAAAUACAUCGUGGGAACAAGAAAUUAAUGCAUCUAAUGUAAACAGUUUCGAACUUCCCGUUGGCUUUAUAGCGCAAUUUUUUUUCCAAUAAUAACAGCAACAGUAAUGGUUAAAAUCUUCAAACUUCCGUUUGACUUUACUUCUCAUAUAUUGGUGAUGGUGUGUGAGGUACCAUAAUGAAACUCAGAGAGCAUCUUCUUCCGUACGUGGUGACGCCUAAAAGACAUAAAAUCAGUUCAAUACCUCUCCUAUCUCCCAUAUACCUAAAUAGGUAUUACACCGGCUUCAAACUUAGCCCUUCCUUAUUUGUUUAUUCAUAGAAUAAAUAAAAUAUAAUACAUAAAAAUAUGUAUAAUUGCAAUUUUUGACCACCGUACAUAUGUGUAUACCCAUAGAGAGUUAAUGUCAUACUAGUAGUAGUUAAUAGUAUAUGUAUACUGUUAUCAGUACUAGCAGAAUUUGGAGUGGCCUAACAAAACCGGAUAAAAAUAUACUUAUGCAUUGGUUUCAGUACAUAGUAGUAAUGAAAGUUGUAUUUUGUCAUACUGAUGUUCAGUCAUAUUCAAGUAAGCAGUGGAGGUGGACGUAAAAUGGAUUCAAGUGGCAUAGUUCCGGACAUUAUUGACAAUAAGCCUAAAGGUUUACUGCAGGUUAAUUAUCCAAGUGGUGCUAAAGUAGAAUCUGGUAAGGAAUUGACUCCCACUCAGGUGAAGGAUCAACCCACAGUCAGUUGGGAGGCGGAAGAUGACGCUCUGUAUACUUUGUUUAUGGUAGACCCCGAUGCACCAUCACGUGCUGAGCCAAGUAACCGGGAAUUUUUACACUGGCUGGUUAUUAACAUUCCAGGCAAUAAAGUAGCGGAAGGUCAAACUGUUGCGGAAUAUAUUGGUUCUGGUCCACCAGACGGUACUGGCUUGCACCGUUAUGUUUUCUUAGUCUUCAAGCAGGCGGGCAAGAUUGAAAGUACAAAAUUCAUUCGGAAAACUCAUAUUCAAGCAAACAGUGGAGGUAGACGCAAAAUGGAUUCAAGUGGCAUAGUUCCCGACAUUAUUGACAUUAAGCCUAAAGGUUUACUGCAGGUUAAUUAUCCAAGUGGUGUUAAAGUAGAACUUGGCAAGGAACUGACCCCCACUCAGGUAAAGGAUCAACCCACUGUCAGUUGGGGGGCGGAAGAUGAUGCUUUGUAUACUUUGAUUAUGGUGGACCCAGAUGCACCCUCACGUGCCGAACCAACCCUUCGAGAAAUUUUACACUGGUUGGUUAUUAAUAUUCCAGGCAAUAAAGUAGCGGAAGGUCAAACUGUUGCGGAAUAUAUUGGCUCUGGUCCACCAGAGGGCAGUGGCUUACACCGUUAUGUUUUCUUAGUCUUCAAGCAGCCGGGCAAGAUUGAAAGUGCAAAAUUUAUACCAAAAACAUCUCGUGAAGGUCGUGUAAAGGUGACGACAAGAGAUUCCAUUGCAAAACAUAAUUUGGGUGAUCCGAUCGCUGGAAACUUUUAUCAGGCGCAAUAUGAUGAUUAUGUGCCGGUAUUAAGAGCACAACUUGUUAACUAAUUGCAAAAACAAAUAAUUAUAGAAGAUAUUUUAUGUAUUUUAUUUAUACGUACAUACGCAUGUGUCAAUAAAUAUAUAAAUAGUGAAAAA